AUGGACUUGUUCACUAGCCUGUACUGCGGACAUGUGCAGGUACUUGCACUGUACUGUACCGUACGACGUACUAGCACCUACGGUACUUACCAGUACGGUACAAGUACGACGGCAGCUAGGGAACGGGUCGAGGUACCUUCGCACCCCAUCCCUCGACGAUCGUACCCGGUACCCAACGCUGGCCAAGCAUCGUCGUGCGAAAGCAGCUACCUGCUUCGUCCCUCGUUCCCGCGGACCCUACCGGACCGCUUUCGCGAGCAACCAACAAGGCGCCCACAGUACGACACGAUAGCUGCUGCACUCGAGCCUACCGGCAAGUCCGCUGCCAACCGACCGACCCCACUCGCCGGCAGCAGGAAGCGCCACGCUCGACCCAACCAACACACUCCUCGCGCGCGGCCAACCCAAGCAAGCGGCUUCUGCCCAGCGCCAGCGUCGUCGCACCGAAGGCGCAGGUACCCGUCUGUGCCUGACGGACGGGAAGGAUUCGCAGCCCGGAACGCCUCAUCCAUCGACGACGUCGCAUCCACACCCAACCAAGCAUUUCACGACGGUCGCACACGCCUGCACGGCAAACGGCCCAUCCAUCCAUACAUACUGCAGCUCGACUGCCAAGGUCCUUGGGCCGAACCGAGGACUCCUGCCAUCGUCACGCACAAUCUGCGACAGCAUCGAUCCUCGUGCAACGCAUCGUCCCGGCGCGCCGGUGCCGACUCGACUCGCCUCGUCGACGCCCUGCCUGCCGACGCAGCUGCGCUCCCGAAACAAGGCAGCAAUAUUUAUUGGCCACGCUCGCAACGAUUCGCCGACUCGGCAGCUCUCGGCGGUCCCCUUCCACGUCGCCUCGGUCUCGUUGCCAGCCCGCCCUCGCCGCCCGCCCGCCCGCUGCUCCGGCGCAAGCCUUGCCUGGGUGCUCUCCGUCGCACGACGACGUCUGAUUUUCAUACGCCUCGCCACCUGCACAAGAUACGAAGAUCGACGAUGAUACACCGAGAGUCGAGUCUCGACAACAUGGGUCGCGGCGCCUACGAUACCACGGGCGUUGCCAAGCCGCCGCCGCGCCCUCGACCGCGAUAA